AUGAAUCGAAACAACGAAGUGUCGGAACUGAUCGAUGUGGAAAAUGCUUUCUACAUCGGCAACUACCAGACGUGCAUAAAUGAGUGUAACAAAUUAUCGAAACCAUCGCUCGAGAAGGAUAUCUUCCUGUACCGAUCCUAUAUAGCGCAACACAAGUAUCGAGUGGUGUUGGACGAAAUCAAAUCGACGAACGAUACGCCGCUCCUUGCCUUGCGCUAUCUAGCCGAGUACAUGUCCAACAGUGGACGAAAGGAAGCGAUCGUGUCGAUGUUUGACGAAAAGUUCCAAGGAGAUAUCAACGAGCUGCACGUCGUGUGGAUCAUCGUUGGGGCUAUCGUUUACUGCAACGAGGAAACGUACGAAACGGCUAUGAAGGUACUGGUAGGAAAUUUCAACCUCGAAUGUCUUUCCCUGCAUAUGCACUGCUUGCUGAAAAUGUCUCGAGUAGAUCUGGCGAAACAGGUUGCCACAACGAUGCAGGAAAAGGACGAUGAUGCCACACUGACGCAGCUGUCUCAAGCAUGGCUUAACAUUCAAAUUGGCGGAGAAAAGCUUCAGGAUGCAUUCUUCAUCUUUCAAGAUCUGUGCGAUAAGUUUUCGCCCACGCUGCUGCUGCUGAACGGUCAAGCCGUGUGCUACAUCGGACAGCAAAAGUAUGACGAUGCGGAGCAGGUACUGCGCGAAUGCUUAAACCGUGAUCCCAACAAUUAUGACACGCUGAUCAACCUGCUGGCACUGUCUCAGCAGCGGGACAAAAACAGCAGCCAGUUCAGUCGCUACCUAGCCCAAAUACUGGACGACCAUAAGGGCAGCAGCUUGGUGUCGGCAUACAACAAAAGGCAGGCCGAGUUUGAUCGACUGGUGCUACAAUUUGGUCCAUCCAAUACCAAACCGAUCGAUGAAAUAGUCGCUUAA